GAGCCAAAAACCAGAGAAAAGAAGCGCGCCCAAGCGGCCCGGACACACGAGACCCCGAGCCGCGGGCGGGAGGAGGCGGGCGGGGGCCAGGGCCGGGGGGCCCGUGACCGCGCCGCCGCCGCCGCCGCUGCCGCCGCGUCUCCCAUGUCCAAGGAGGGAAGAAGCAUGUCCCGACUCUCUCUCACACGGUCCCCAGUAUCUCCCCUGGCAGCUCAGGGAAUCCCGCUCCCAGCUCAGCUUACCAAGUCCAACGCUCCCGUGCAUAUCGACGUAGGGGGACACAUGUACACCAGCAGUCUGGCUACCCUCACCAAGUAUCCGGACUCCAGGAUAAGUCGUCUGUUCAAUGGCACAGAGCCCAUCGUCCUAGACAGUCUGAAGCAACAUUAUUUCAUUGAUCGGGAUGGGGAGAUAUUCAGAUACGUCCUUAGCUUCCUUCGGACGUCCAAACUCCUGCUGCCAGAUGACUUCAAGGACUUCAGCCUCCUGUAUGAAGAGGCUCGUUACUACCAACUGCAGCCGAUGGUAAGAGAGCUAGACCGCUGGAAGCAGGAGCAAGAGCAACGGCGCCGUGGCCAGGCCUGUGAAUGCCUUGUGGUUCGUGUGACCCCCGACCUUGGCGAGCGCAUUGCCCUCAGUGGGGAGAAGGCACUUAUUGAGGAAGUCUUUCCAGAGACCGGCGAUGUCAUGUGCAACUCUGUCAAUGCUGGGUGGAACCAGGACCCCACACACGUCAUCCGCUUCCCGCUGAAUGGCUAUUGCCGGCUCAACUCCGUACAGGUCCUCGAGAGACUGUUUCAGAAAGGCUUUAGUGUGGCUGCGAGCUGCGGGGGAGGGGUGGAUUCCUCCCAGUUCAGUGAAUACAUGCUGUGUCGGCAGGACAGACGGCUUCAGCAGGCUCCGACUACGAUCCGGAUAAAGCAGGAGCCCCUGGACUAGGCCUGCCGUCUCCAUCUUGGUGCCAAGCCAUCCUCGUGGAAGGCACCAAGAGGGUCGGAAAACAGUGUUAUUAGCAGCUUGGGUGUGGAGCUCCUCGGCCAGUUAGGGCUUUUCCUAAAUGGUGGUCACCCAGUCAGUCCUCAUUGUAAAGCCCCGGAGCACACCUGACAGAUGGACAGGAGGCUUUGCGGGAUUGCAAUUGAAUGCAAUUUCUUCCCAGCCGUGGUGACAUUGGACCUAACCGCACUUAGCCAGUGCUCAAGGGGUGUUUGAUUGGGCUUUGGUGACAGGACCAGUGAGGAAGGAGCCUGGUCGGCAGCCUUCCCAAACCCCCAUCCCCCUCCUGACCUGGUGCCAAAGGCCCUGGGAGGGGCCAAGGCCAGCGUGACACUGUGCUGGAUGUUGCCUCAUCUGAGGCAUCACAUCUCGCCGGACGUACCCCACAUCUCCAUGCGUGUGUCUGACGUCUGUGAUUGUUCAUGCUAGUAAAUGGCUUAUUUUUCUACAAUAUUUAAAAUGAAAGUGGCUUCUCUGCCGAGGUUGGAGAAACAGACAAGGACCGAUGCAUAUUUAUCUGGUGCUCAAUACUUUUAAAAAAGGAAACUGUCAGUAUGACUAAUUGUGGCCUAUUUUCAAAAGUAAGUUCCACCCUGGGAGCAGCCCCAACCCCAGGACAGGACCCCCAAAACCAAGGCCAAAGUAUGGAAGCUUUCGUAUUAGCAAAGCCGACCAAGGAAGAUGCCAGUCCUGUCUCCCCCAACACUCUUUUGUUGUGUGCGUAGGCAUCUCGGGUCCUGGUGCCCCCUGCAGGUGGCAGAGCUGGGGGGAGGGGGUCAGGUGGGAGGCGGGGGAGGGUGUCAGCAUACGCUCUGUCUUGAGCUUUAGGAAAAAGAGGUACCCUUUAUGCUCUUGCACUGCAGGACAGGACACAUCUUUGUUUCUUUUUCUCUGUUAAUUUAAAAGUAUUUUUGAAAUACUGAUGGCAUAUUUGCCCUUCUGCUGUGUGUCUGUCUCUUUAGGGAAGGUCUCUCCCCACCCCUUUCAUUUGGCCCCUACAAUGUUUCUUUAAUGAAAACAGUUAUCAUCUCUUCUGACUUAAGCAGCAGCCGCUUCUAUAACUCAGGAGACAGCACUGUGUUUGCAGGUGCCAACCUAUAAAUAGCGUUCUGUGAAAUCCUGCUCGUUGCUGUGUGGCGUGAUUGGGGGCCUCAGUCACUAAUUCGUGCGCUAAUCACAAUUUAGUUUCUCCCACAUUAAUUUAUAGAAUCCUGUUGUAGACACUGAAUUUUAAUUAAACUGUUCUUAGACAAACGUGGUCAUUAAGGAGAGGGACUGAGCUCUCCUGGUGAUCUGGGGCCCCUUGGUCCAGACGAUGAAUUCUACAGAAACACAGACCCAGAACGGAAACAAACGAGCCCAUUGGGGGCCUGUUCCCUCCCAUGUGCAAACAGGUACUGAGCCAGGCUUGUCUGGUGUUUGGGGGGCUGUAAAGCUAAGCUACUCCUUCUUUGAUUUUAUAUGGUGUGAUACUUUAUACACUCACUGAUGGAAAAAGCUACCCCGUCCUGCCAUAUCUGAACAGAUGACAUACCACUCACCUUCUUCUGUAAGAUACCUGUAGAGUUGUAUAUUACGCAUUUAAUAUUGUAAAGAUCCGAAUGUAUAUUGUCAUGUAUUCCUUACACAGUACUUCACGCCAUAAACAUUUCUCUAACGGACUGAAGUGCAGUCCUGAGGAUUAACCCUUGUCUCCCAUGUUCUGUCCCAGAGAUAAGUUUGGGUUGGAUUUCCUGAGAUUUGUUUGGUUUAACCAGAGAAAUAAUCGGCUUCAUCCAUCCGCUGGGGUGGGGGUGGUGGGAAUCGUGUUCUUGGUGUUAUUUCCUAGGCCUGAGUGUUGAGGUACACUUCAGUCUAGUUCCUUCAUUCCAGUCACACCCCUCCUAUCUUGUGGUAACCGCAGGUGCUGAAUUCUGGUCUUGGUCCUAAAAGUAAACUCCAGGAAGCUGUAAAGGUUGACUACAUCUCAGCAGUACCUCAUUUGGAGAAGGCAAAUGGAAACCCAGGCUGAAAACAAUAAGCAGAAAACUUUUUAGGGUGUUUUGUUUUUUAAACUAAGUUAAAACUGUUUCCGUUUUGUUUUUUCUCUACUUCUUUCUUCUAUUGGUAUUGACAGUAUUUUUAUGGCCCUAUAGAGCAGUUGCUUAGAGCUGUGUGUGAAGGCAUAUCGUAAAGCCUCACAGGCCCAGUCAAGUUAGUCGGUACAUACAUACGGUGCAUAUGGUUUGGCCCAUAUCACCCCCCCCACCACCACCGACACAAGCAGCAAGCAGCCCUAACACAGAGGAAGAUGUAGGGAAGCAAUUACUCCGUUAGGAGAAGUACAUUUUUUUCCAAGGAAAAAUGUUUAAACUAGGAUAUGGUCAUUUAGCUAGCAGUUCUGGUCACUGAUUUUGAAUGCUUUUGUAUUUUUUUUAAGAGGGUUUUUUUUUUAUUAUUUUAAAUCUCCAUUUUUCCCCAUCUCCCCCACCCCUUUCCUAUUCUAAUAGCCACACCCACCGGAGCUAAUUUCCAUGUUUAUAAUAGCUGUGCCCAGUGACAGCUACACAGACUGAGUUAGGAGCUUUGCUCCUUGCCUGUUAAUACAAAAACAGCCAGCACCUCCGCAAAAAGAAAGUAUAGAGAGAGGUGCUAUCUAAAGAGCACACAGUCAAUCAAAUUCUUCAGAAAACAAUCUGAUUCUCUUAACAAAAUUGUUUGCAUUUUCUUUUUGCUCAACAAAACUCUGGUUUCCAUAUCUCCCAUCUCUUGGCUCCAGUGUCUGACAGGAGAAGAAGGGAAUGGAGAACAUGAGGCCAUGCUUAGUGGACGGAGAGCUGUAGAGAAGGCGGCACUGUGUGUCUACCUUGACUUCUCUGGCUCCCAACAUUGUUGGUGGCCAUGGGAAAGACUUAAGCACAACAGAACUUCAACCGCUAAAGAUUUGAGGAUGGUUUUCACGUUGUGGUUGUUGUCUUAAUAUUUUGAUGCAAAGAUCUGUUUUGGACCAGUGCGUAAAAUAACGAAAUGUGAUACAAAAUCAUAAUUGAGAACAAGUAACUGUACAUCACUGAAUGCAUUACUUUAGUAAACAGUUUUAUUUCUUUAUAAAAUAAGUACAAACAAGGAAGUAUGUUUUCACACAAAUUGGGGAACUUCUGAAUAAUGUACAGAAAUUGUCAAAAUAACAAUUCUAAUAAACACAAGGUCUUUGUAAACGAUAUGUACAAAUUAUCAAUACAUUUAAAACAUAUUUUUACACUUAUUGGUCUGAAUACCUUGUGAAUAGUCUUUUGGCUAAAUAGCAGCACACCAACAGUGUUGUUUUUUUUGGGGGGAUGGGGCUGCUUUUCAUAAACCUAAAAAGUUAAUUCUUCUUUCUUGAAAACUAUUGGACAACAUUCCUUCUGUGCUUUUAGGAUUGUUUUCUCAAAAAGCUUUGCCUCCCAAAAGUUUAGUCAUUAUCAAAACGUGGUCAGAAAUGGAAAAUAUUGCUGAGCAAGGGGAUCCUGCCACCACUCCUACAGCGUCCCUGAAAGGAGAUGAUUGUCCUCACACAGGAAUGCUGCCACCUGGUGUGACGGCAGCUUUAAAAGUCAAAGCACACAAUUUUAAAAUCCAUCCUUCAACAGUUCUUUUAAAACCAGUAGCCUGUACUCCUCACACUAAAUAAAAGAUAUUUUAUACCAAAAAUACCACCCCCUCUUGAUUCCUGUUACUGAAACCACCUGUUGGGAAU